CUCAUGGAGCUCAGCCAGGAAGGGAUGGAGCAGCAGGUAAUCUCACCAAAGCCUACUACAGCCGCAUCCACAGGCGUAUAAGCCAUUUACAGAAGAAGGAGCCUCUAAACCCCUCAGCAGGAUGAACAAGACCGAGGGAGCUUCUGAGAACCCAGAGUUUUGGAGCCCAGGUCGCACACAAAGCACCUCCUUGAGCAGUGUGGCACUAACGUUUGCAUUUGGCCAGCAGGCCACAGACAGAGCCCUGAAUGUGAUCCUUAUUGUGGUCCUCGUUGUCAUCAUGGUAUCUCUGGGGUGUACGAUGGAGAUAGCCAAGUUCACAACUCACCUCAGAAAAGCCAAAGGCGUGGCAAUUGCCGUAAUGGCUCAGUACAGCAUCAUGCCCUUGACAGCAUUUGUACUGGGCAAGCUCUUCCAGUUGGGUGCUUCAGAAUCCCUGGCCAUCCUCAUCUGUGGCUGCUGCCCGGGGGGACACCUCUCCAACAUCUUUAGUCUGGCACAGAGAGGGGACAUGAACCUCAAAGGCAGGCAGACAGUCUUCACAGAAACUGGCUGCCAGAACAUACAACUAUGCUCAACUACCCUCAAGACUGCCUUCGCCCCAGAAACCAUCGGCCCCCUGUACUUCUUCCCGCUGUUCUACUUGCUGUUCCAGCUUGGAGAGGGACUGCUGCUCAUCCUGGUCUUUAGGAUCCAUGACAGAAUAAAGAAACCAAAUGCUGCAGAACAAAUGAUCUGCACGGGUGCGGACAUACUUAGCGCUCAAGAAAUUAAAGCAGUGUCAAGACCCUGCAGAAACAGUGGGAAACCAGGAAAACGAUACAGAUUCUGCAGCAGCUGCUACCACGACCCCUCCAAGCUCCACCUUCUGCAGCCUGCUCACGGGCCUCCAGCAGUUCCGUGCAAGAAUUAUCUCUAUGCUCAUUUUACGCUAAAGGGAAUGCCACAGAGCUAUCUGCACCCUCAUCGUUGCUUCCCAAAGACCUUGCUCCAAAGCCUCUCCCUGCCUGCCCACGAGGGACACUUCCAGUGACUUCUAUGUCAUCGUGACAACCCUUUGGGACAGCUUAGGUCCACGCUCCCAAGGGAUUGCCCCCAGUUUUGCCCGUAUGCAAAUCACUGCCCACAUCAGUUCCCUUUUUUUAAUUUCACUUACCUGCAAUUGUCCUGCUGGCACGUGCUGGAAGCAGCUCUCAAAGACAUCGCUGAAGAUGAAUGUAAUUUCUCUAACGAAGAUCCACGAUGAGGUGUGGAAGUUUCCCAGCGCGGGCGCCACCGAGGCCCAGCGUGCAGCCGAGCAGCCCCUGGCCUGCGGGGCACUCCCGUUUGCCCAAACCGGCACGCUCCACGCAGCAGAGGCCACAAAACCCGAACGCAGCUGCACAAACUGCCUCAGCACGUCGAGCGGGGGCCCAGCAAGCUGCACCUCCGAAGAGAUGAGCCUUGAACGCGCCUUGCUUUGUUCAGGCCACCGUCUAGCUCCCAUCAUGCUACAAAUAAGAGUACGAGGGAAGAUUGGCUUUAACAACUCUGAUGUGCAAAGUAUGCCUUGUGACCUGAAGUAAUCUGUCUUAACUAAGGAUAAAAAGGCUCGCACCAAGGACCUAUGCUUCACCAGUGCAGAAUCCCUUCCGGCCAGAAGUCAUCGUAACCCUCCGUAGUGCAAAGCCUGGGACUUUUGUUUUAAACUCCAAGUUCAGCAUCACAACAGCCAGCUGCCCACGCGAAACGCAGAAAUCCAUUCGUGCUGCUUGCGAGGCAGGCGGUGUGGUUUAGUAACAGCCUUCGGAGCAGCUAUUUAGAGAGCAGGUAGUACUUUGUGUUUAGCCUGAAGGAGGGAAGUGUCCGAAAUCCCACUCCCUUCCAAUCAUCCGGUGCCUUCAGCCACCCGGGGUGCGUGUUGGAGCCCAGUCCCACGGGAACACAGAUGCUCGUCAUCAUUCAAGUCAGCAGGAAGGCUGGACUGGCUUGAGGUAGGGCAGCUCACCUUGCACCCAGGUGAGCGGCAGUGCUGCCUUUACCCCUGGAAGUUAAAGCCCUCUUCUUCCACGCCUCUUAAGGCGAGCCAGCAACUACAAACCUCGGAGAACGAAGCCUCCCACCCCCCAGAGCUGACCAGUAAUAGUGCAGUGAACUGCGUGGCAACCUGACCGGCUCCCGGUGCCUGCUCCCAGGAGCAGUGACACGCUGCCACCUCAACGCACACACAAGGCGCAAAAGCUCGCUCUCCUUCGUUAGCUCAGAACACAAUUACCAGGCUGUGCAACAGCACAGCCUGCAGACACCGAACGACUCGCCUCCCCCACAGCCAGACCUCGCUCUGCACAGAACCGUCCUCUGUUGCCCAGGAUCCGAUCCAAAGCCCAGCCUAGGCUCCAGAGUUCUUUUGAAAGGUUUCAGUGGAUUACUGGAGUGGCUUUGUAAAGCACUGUGUAAGAAAACUCAUUUUUAAAAUUAAAUUCUAAGGCUCUCUCUUGCAACACAGAUGAGUUUGAGAAGCGCAGGGACUGCAGUUGCUGCCCCUGUAAGGCACAAACACCAAAACACGGGCUGCAGUACUCCCACCCACCGACUUCAAAAUCCCGCCUCUUCCUCCAGGCUGAGGACGAGUGCCUACAGAAAUGCUUUAUCCACACCUCAGUGCUCUCUCACAUGCGUGUGCACAAACACACUAACGAAGUACGCCGACUACAUCCAUCUUUUACACCCCACACUUAUUAGCUAACCAAUGAUUAAUAACCUGUAUGACUCGUCCAUUACACUUUCUGCUAUGAACUACGACAGCACCACGCUCCUUAUUACCAAAGUUCUUAUUUCAGAAUAUAAAGAUAGCCAGGGACAUAGCGUGAUGUAUUUAAAAGGAAGUAAGUUCUCCCCCACACCCGAAACGCUCAAGGAUAGCUCUGUUGUAAACCUGU